AUGCCAGUGACCCUGAAGAAGGAACCGCCCCGAGAAAAGAGCUCUUUGCCUUUGCUUCACUCUGCUUUGCUCUGUUUUGCUCUGCUUUGCUCUGCCUUUACCUUUGCUUUACGCUGCUUUGUUUCUCCCGUCACACAAUACGCAUAUAUGGACCCUUCAAGCACAAAUGUCAACCCUGCGAGCCUGCAGGCUGGCCUGUCUCGUCUUGCCUCUCCACUCCUCAACACAGUCUCUCUCACAUCUCUUGUCUGGGGACAAAGACAAACGGAGUGA